GGUUGUGCAAAAAGCAAACAUACUCAGAUCCUGUUCUGACCCCGCCACACACACAGCACUCACACUGGUCACGUCACCAAGAAAAUUCUUUCACUUUUGACAGUCUUGUGAUCACAUCUCGUGAGAGAAUGAAACUUCAUUCAACAAUUUAGAUUUUCAUUCUGCUUCAUAGAUCAUGUUUGUCUUCCAGAGAUGUUGUUGCUGCUGCUGUGCUGCAGGCAGUGAGGAAGAGAGCACCCCUUUUGCACGAGAAAGAAGAAGCCAAAAGGCAGUCAAGACUCUUAACAAAGGUGAAAAGUUAGUUAUGAAGCAUGUUAAUGUGCCAAGCAUUGAUAACCAGUUUGCAGAGAUUGGCAACCUCUACAAUGAUCAGGUGGAGCACCAUGAGACCAUGACACAGUGUAUCAUCCGCCUGGCAAAUAUCAGUGCCUCGUCUCCUGACCUCACCACCUGUAUACAGAGGCUGAAAGAAAACUAUCGUGACUAUGAUGUUAAAGUUCUGAUGGAAGGGUAUAAUUUCUCUCUUCUGGUGAAAACGGAAAAGGAAUUUCCAGAAGACUUAAAACAAGCACAGGAGAUCAUGAAAAAUUUGAGUCGAGCAUCCAAGCUUCUCAUCAGUAACCAAACCAGACUGGGGGAGAUGAUGUUCACAGUUCUACAGUUGCAAAAUAAGGUUGAUAUGAAGAUUAGCAUAACUGAGGCCAACACUGUUUACUUGGACCAAGUACGCCUAAAAGAAAACCUGGAAGAGAAUCUACAAAAAACAGAUAAAGCCAGACAACUGUCUAAAGAAUAUGAAGAAGAUGCCAAUAAAGUUAUUAGAGAAUUAGCUAAGAUUUCUGGAGCUGCAUUUUGAAAUAAUCAAUGCUCUUUACUCUCUUUAUCAAUGCUCUUUACCUGGUUUUGCAAGAUAUACAGUAAAUAGAAGCAAAAACUAUUUGGUGCAGUAGGUGAAAGUAAUCCAAUCUCUGUUGAGUGUCAAUAAAAGAAACAAACUCUGGGAACUUUUAUAGUGAUUUUCUGUAAAAUGUGAGCCUGUUCAAAAAUGGUAGAUGCAAUGCCACUGGUUUUACUGAAGCAAACUAGUUUAAUCAACUGUUUCAUCACAAAUUCCAAGGUUGUGUUUGCAUCACAUUUUGCUCUGAUAUAGGGUAUCUGAUUUAUGAGCACUAAAUAUGACAAAUUAAACAAGAUUGGCCCAGGAUUAAAUAUUGAAUAAUGUCUGCAACCAAGUUAUCUUUUACCCAUGCAUAUAACCAUGAUGGUCUCUACUGCUUACAAGUACCUAAUCUGGCUUUACAAGGUAUGCCAGACAGUUGGUCAUAUCAAGCUGAUUUUACAAUCCUGUUCCAGGGACAAUCAUAUUAUGUCACAUUAUUCAUAUUGUUCAGAUCAACCUACAUCUACAAGACCUACAUCCACAGCCAGCUGCAGCCCCUGAUGGGAAUUUUUAGUUUUCCUAAUAAUGAUUUAAGCAUUAUGCUGGUGCUAUUAAAGUGAUUUAUAUGGAGCUUCGGUGUUAUUAGGGUAUAGUACAUCACAUUAUUUUAUGUUUUGUACCAGAAUCCUCAGAUGCAUGAUUACACUGUAGAAAAUAGCAAACAAUAUUAUGUAACUUUUUUUAUUUUACUGGCGUUAUGUACAGAUUAUCUUCUUGUUUGAACUUGUCUGUAUAUUUUUAAUUGAAUUAUUGGCUAAAAAAGUGUUCAGAACACAUAAAGUAAUUAGACAUAAUAAACAUUCCCACAGCUACAGUAUAUAUUGCCGUAGGCAAUGGUCAACCCGGUUAAUGGGAGCAGAGUAAUGUUUUUUUACUGAUUAUGAACAAGCUGGAAAACUGUUUUGUUAAUAAAGUACAUUAGUAAGACAGAUUCUGACCUCAAGACUUUUACAAACCAUUUCCAAAUAGAAAAUUAAAGAUUGCUUAAGUAACAAGGAGAGUGCUGGUCAGGGAAUAAUACAUAUAUAUAUUUGUCCUUUACUUAGAAUAAAAGGGAUUCCAUUUCUGUAUUUAACUGCUAGUGAAAAAGGCAAGUAGAAAAUUCAGUGUCCCUCAAGUAGCUAUAGCUGGUAUUCAUAAUGUUACCAAUACCAACUACGUAGCAACAAUUGUAAACAAAGUCUUAUUUAUGAGUGUAAGUUGCAGAAAAUUUAAAAUACCAUCCACCCACACUGGGUGGUCAAAUCCAAGACUACAACUGACCACACCAACAACAUACCAAAUGCUACACAUACACCUUGUUAUGCCAUUUUCCUAAGUGCGUUAUCUCCUAUGAAACUGAGCCAUGUAAAAAUGUACCCAAUUAGCUUGUGUUUAUUUUUGACUACUACGUAGUGCACUAAGAUAUCAUAAGGGCAUUAUUUACACUGUAAACAUGAUAUGCUAAAACGAGGGGUAUCCCGACAGCUGUGGAUAAUUCAAUUGAGCACUGUUUUAAACAAAGUCAUUAUACAAAUUUAACCUGGAGUUUCAUUAACAAAGCCCUUGAUUCUCUCCACUGAGUUUUUCUGUGAUUUAAUUUAUACCAUUCUAUAACCCUGUUAGAAAUUUAAUUCUGUAUCAAUUGGAAAGGGCCAAUGUCCAUUCUUCAAAAAUAUUACAUGCACUCAAAGAACUACUUAAGUUAGACAUAUCAUUAAACUGCCACUGUUGUGACAAUG